UCUGCUGUGGUUCUUCAGGCUGCUGACAGUCCUGAUCGUGUGUUACAAUAUGUGUGUGAUGUUUCAUUACACACCCGACACACACUCAUCCAGACAGGCGAUGACGGACACACUUCAGCGGCUGCACUGUGCCAAACUCAAGCGCAAGUUCUUCGGCACCAUGUCAGCCAAAAGACUAAACAUGAAGAGAUUCACCCUGGAACUCAACGAUUUCUUAAACUGUCCGCACAAAAUGAACACGACAGAGCAGGAGCUGAACAGAAUAAGGCUGCAGUAUUGCUGUAACGCCACAGGAUCGUUAUUCCUUACCAAACAGAACACAGCCGUCAAUCAGACCAUCCCAUAUGAAACAAGCAUUGAAAAGACAUACACAAUGAAUCCAGACAUUUACAGCAUGCUGCCUGAGGAUUUCCCCUGGAGUGGUCAUCGUAUGGGUCAGUGUGCUGUGGUCGGCAGCGGUGGGAUUCUGAAGAACAGCAGCUGUGGACGUGAGAUUGACAGCGCAGACUUUGUUAUACGGUUCAAUUUGGCUUACAUUAAUAAUAGUGACGUUGGACUGAAAACAGAUCUAAUAACCAUCAACCCCAGUCAGAUUCAGAAAGAAUACAAAAACCUGGAGAAGGAUCCGGAUCCGUUGGUGGAGCGGGUCAGUGUGUACGGGAACGCCUCCCUUGCUAUGCCAGCCUUUGCCUACACCACCUGCACUGCGCUGUCAAUCAGUGCUCUCAAAGUCCUCCAUCCAGUCAGACCUCAGCAGCCAUUUAUGUUCUUCAGCCCCAUGUACCUGCGGACACUGGACCGUUUCUGGAAGGAGCGUGGCCUAAAGUCGAUCCGCCUCUCCACUGGGUUUAUGUUAAUCAGCACGGCACUGGAGCUGUGUGACAACGUGCACGUGUACGGAUUCUGGCCGUUUGGCACCGACCUGCAGGACAAUCCUGUCCCGUAUCAUUAUUACAAUGAGUUAGGACCGCACCGCUACUUGCACGCGAUGCCGGAGGAGUUUGUGCGGCUUCUGCAGCUCCACAGCAAGGGGGCGCUGACACUGCACCUGCAGCCCUGCUCCUCGGACAACCUCUAACAUCUGUACGCGCUGUCCGAAUCCACCUCGCAUGACCUUAUAAA